CGCUCCCUAGUCCAAGGGGAUUUCCAGUCCGAAAAUCUCAUGUUACCUGCGUUAGUGGUGGGCCUCGCAAACUGCGGCGGCAAAGCCCAGUUGGUGCUCCUGCUCGCCCUCUUGCGCCCGACAGCAGAGGCAGGCUGAUGCAGGCCCAUCGGCGGGGAGGUGGAUCGACCCAAAACGCCGACCAGGCUAUCCCUGAAGUGCAUUCUGAAAUGAAAACGAAGACGCCUGAUCCUGGAAGAAGGCUCGAAUGAUGAUGAUGUCAAACCGAACCAUGUUGCACCCUCUGACCUGAACAUAAAAAAUGAGGAGCAUCUGCACCAUGCCCAUGAUUUCAAGUCUGGCAGUGGAAAGGUUAUUCGUACAAGUGCGAGGGAAGAAACGGGUCCACAAGUGAACGCAGGGGAUGGCUGCUUAUACUGAUCCGCCAACCUAUCUGCAAGGUGCUCAGCAAAAUCCUUUGUCGAAAACUAUUAAGCGCAAAGGUAGGCUCACACAUGGCGGCCCAUCCCUUGGUCCUGCGAGAGCUUACAAAAUGAAAGCUCAUGGCGUCGCCAGUGUGGGAGCUUAGGAAGUCAUUUCCUCCCCGGGCAUGAGAUCACCCUCUGAUUUGUCAGAUACAGUGAAAGAAGGAAGUGUUGCUAACAUCAAUGAGGGGCAAUUUCUAUAAGACUCAGACUCAGAGGAGGAGAUGCCACGCUUUGAGAUUAAGAAACGUCUACCUCAGAAGACCGGGAAACAACCAGCCCAGAUUCCCUCAGGCCGUGUCAACAAAGUUGUGGCAGCCUUUGAAGCUGGCCUAUCUUUGGUCCAUGAGGGUAGAAAGGGAAGUGAUUGUGUGGAGAAGAUUCCUAUUGAUGGUGCUCCGAGGAUGCGGCAAUUAGAGGAGGUGGGAGACACUGGGUUGGGUCUGGAUGAGUACGACUCUAACAUGCCGAACCCGACUUUUGAUUCUCGGAAGCGUUCGUUGGAGCAUUUAGAAGGGGACAUGGGUGUCCCCCCUACUCCGAAAAAGCAAUUUGUGGAAGCUGAUGAAGUCUCUGAUCAGGUGGAGGUAGCCAGCCUUGAAUGGCCCCAGCCGGAUAAAUGAAACUACUGGCCUGGAAUGUGAGAGGAAUUGGACCAUCCCUCACAUUCCAAACUGUUGUCGGUUUAGUUCGUUCCAAUAAACCGGAUCUUGUGUUUUUUUCGGAAACACGUUCGAGACAGAGAGUAGUUUCCCGCCGUUUGCGCGGGCUAGGGUUUGAGUCUUCUUGUUGUUUUUUUGUUGAUGCAAUUGAUGCUUCUGGAGGUUUAUUUGUAGCCUGGUCCCCCAAAGUUGAGGCUUCGGUGUUUUUUCAUUCGAAUUUCUAUGUUUGUGUUCAAGUUAAUGAAAUGGAAUUCUCGUAUGUGGCGAUCUUUGUUUACUUUAGUUGUAAUGUUGCCAUCCGUGCCACCCAGUUGGAUCAUCUCCAGGACGUAUGCGCGGGCAUCCAAGUUCGCUAUGUUAUAUUAGGUGAUUUUAACAAGACUCUCCAUGAGAGCGAGAAGGAUGGUGAUAACCAGUGGAAUGCUGCGCAAGCUCUUGGUCUCCGUAAUUUUGUUCAAAACAUGGGUCUUCUAGACCCUGGCUAUCAGGGGGAUCUAUUUACCUGGACAAACAAGCGGAUGGGGCGGCUUGUAUUCGAGAAAGACUGGACAUGGCUCUUUGCUCCCAAUCCUGGCUUGAUCUCUUUCCUGAUACCUUGGUUAAAUACUUUACGGAUUAGGGAUCGGAUCAUCGGGUGCUCCUCCUCUCUGAUUGCCCUAUGUUCAAAAUACUCACCCUCUGUUCCGGUUUGAUGCCCGUUGGGCGGAUAACUCUAAAGUUAGGGCGAUGGUCUCUAAUGUUUGGCAGGAAGACAUCCAGGAUACGCCGAUGUUUCGCCUUUGGGAACGCGUUAAGAAACUGCGUCAUUUAUUAUAUGACUGGAGCAGAGCUGGUACCAAUAAUUCCUUGCGUAACAUCAGAACUCUCCAGAGCAAAAUUGAGGGGAUCAAGCUAUUCCACCCUAUUUAGGGCUGGUAACCGGUUACCGAAUUAACCGGUUACGGUAUACCGAUAGCUUCGAAUGCCCGCCCGAAUGCCGAUAUCGGUAAGUAGACGGUUAACCGGUUACCGAAUAACCGGUUAACGGUAUC